GGGGGUGGGGAGCUGGAGGUGCCGAGGAAAGAAACCUGGGGAGCACCAUGAAGCUGAGAGGAGGGGUGUGCUGGAUGUGCUCUGCUGUCCGGCUGCCCAGCUCGGGACUCUGCGGCCUCCGGCCCAGCAGCUGCCGCCGCCAGCGGGACCUGCCAGAGAGAUAAGGAGUUUGGAAUCAGGCAAGGGCGGAAUGAAGCUCGUUGAUUCCAAAGCAUCUUUAAUCUGCCAGGCAGAGGGGCCUUUGCUGCUGGUCUUUCUUGGACCAUUCCAGAGAGCACAGCUGGGGUCUGGGAAGUGAAACAGCAGGAUGCCCCCGGGGGUCGACUGCCCCAUGGAAUUCUGGACCAAGGAGGAGAGUCAGAAUGUGGCGGUCGACUUUCUGCUGCCCACAGGAGUCUAUCUGAACUUCCCUGUGUCCCGAAAUGCCAACCUCAGCGCCAUCAAGAAGGAACUGUGGCACCGAGCCCAGUAUGAGCCGCUCUUCCACAUGCUCAGCGAUCCCGAGGCCUACGUGUUCACCUGUGUCAACCAGACGGCAGAGCAGCAGGAGCUGGAGGACGAGCAGCGCCGGCUGUGCGACAUCCAACCUUUCCUGCCGGUCCUGCGCCUGGUGGCCCGCCAGGGUGACAGGGUGAAGAAGCUCGUCAACAGCCAGAUCAGCCUCCUCAUCGGCAAAGGCCUCCACGAGUUUGACUCCUUGAAUGACCCGGAAGUGAAUGACUUUCGCACCAAGAUGCGCCAGUUCUGUGAGGACGCGGCCGCCCACCGGCAGCAGCUGGGCUGGGAGGCCUGGAUGCAGUACAGCUUCCCUCUGCAGCUGGAGCCCUCGGCACGGAGCUGGGGGGCGGGCACCCUGCGGGUCCCCAACCGGGCCCUCCUGGUCAACGUCAAGUUCGAGGGCAGUGAGGACAGCUUCACCUUCCAGGUGUCCACCAAGGAUGAGCCCCUGGCACUGAUGGCCUGUGCUCUCCGGAAGAAGGCCACGGUGUUCCGGCAGCCCCUGGUGGAGCAGCCUCAGGACUACACGCUUCAGGUGAACGGGAAGCACGAGUACCUGUACGGCAGCUACCCACUCUGCCAGUUCCAGUACAUCUGCAGCUGCCUGCACAGCGGGCUGACCCCCCACCUGACCAUGGUGCACUCCUCAUCCAUCCUCGCCAUGAGAGACGAGCAGAGCAACCCCACCUCCCAAGCCCAAAAACCGCGCACCAAACCACCCCCCAUUCCCAUGAAGAAGCCCUCCUCUGUGUCGCUGUGGUCCUUGGAGAAGCCCUUCUCCAUCGACCUGGUCCAGGGCAGCAAAGUGAAUGCAGACGAGCGGAUGAAGCUGGUGGUCCAGGCUGGGCUUUUCCACGGCAGUGAGACGCUGUGCAAGCCCGUGUCCAGCUCAGAGGUGAGCGUGUGCUCAGAGCCCGUGUGGAAGCAGCGGCUGGAGUUCGACAUCAACGUCUGUGACCUGCCUCGCAUGGCCCGUCUCUGCUUUGCACUUUACGCUGUGAUCGAGAAGGCCAAGAAGGCUCGCUCCACCAAGAAGAAGUCCAAGAAGGCGGACUGCCCCAUCGCCUGGGCCAACCUCAUGCUGUUUGACUACAAGGACCAGCUCAAGACGGGUGAAUGCUGCCUCUACAUGUGGCCGUCUGUCCCAGAUGAGAAAGGGGAGCUGCUGAACCCCGCGGGAACCGUGCAGAGUAACCCCAACACUGAGAGCGCCGCCGCCCUGGUCAUCUGCCUCCCCGAGGUGGCCUCCCAUCCUGUGUACUACCCUGCCCUGGACAAGAUCCUGGAGCUGGGGCGGCAGGGGGAGCACGGUCACUUCUCAGAGGAGGAGCAGCUGCAGCUGCAGGAAAUCCUGGAGCGGCGGGGGUCGGGGGAGCUGUAUGAGCACGAGAAGGACCUGGUGUGGAAGAUGCGGCACGAGGUCCAGGGGCGCUUCCCCGAGGCCCUGGCCCGGCUACUGCUGGUCACCAAGUGGAACAAGCACGAGGAUGUGGCCCAGAUGCUCUGCCUGCUGUGCUCCUGGCCCGAGCUGCCUGUCCUGAGCGCCCUGGAGCUGCUGGACUUCAGCUUCCCCGACCGCCACGUGAGCUCCUUUGCCAUCAAGUCCCUGCGCAAACUGACGGACGAUGAGCUUUUCCAGUACCUGCUGCAGCUGGUGCAGGUGCUCAAGUACGAGGCCUACCUGGACUGCGAGCUGACCAAGUUCCUGCUCGACCGGGCGCUGGCCAACCGCAAGAUCGGCCACUUCCUCUUCUGGCACCUCCGCUCCGAGAUGCACGUGCCCUCGGUGGCCCUGCGCUUCGGCCUCCUCAUGGAGGCCUACUGCAGGGGCAGCACCCACCACAUGAAGGUGCUGAUGAAGCAGGGGGAUGCGCUGAGCAAACUGAAGGCUCUGAACGACAUCGUGAAAGUGAGCUCCCAGAAGACCGCCAAGCCGCAGACCAAGGAGCUGAUGCACCUGUGCAUGCGCCAGGAGACCUACCUGGAGGCCCUCUCCCACCUGCAGUCCCCGCUCGACCCCAGCACCCUGCUGGCUGAAGUCUGCGUGGAGCAGUGCACCUUCAUGGACUCCAAGAUGAAGCCCCUGUGGGUCGUGUACAGCAACGAGGAAGCCGGCGGUGAUGGCGGCGUGGGCAUCAUCUUUAAGAACGGCGAUGACCUCCGCCAGGACAUGCUGACCCUGCAGAUGAUCCAGCUCAUGGAUGUCCUGUGGAAGCAGGAGGGGCUGGACCUGAGAAUGACCCCCUACGGCUGUCUCUCCACUGGGGACCGCACGGGCCUCAUUGAGGUGGUGCUCCACUCAGACACCAUCGCCAACAUCCAGCUGAACAAGAGCAACAUGGCAGCCACGGCCGCCUUCAACAAGGAUGCUCUGCUCAACUGGCUCAAAUCCAAGAACCCCGGGGAAGCCCUGGACCGAGCCAUUGAGGAGUUCACGCUCUCCUGUGCUGGCUACUGUGUGGCCACCUAUGUGCUGGGCAUCGGCGACCGGCACAGUGACAACAUCAUGAUCCGGGAGAAUGGGCAGCUGUUCCACAUUGAUUUCGGCCACUUCCUGGGGAAUUUCAAGACCAAGUUUGGAAUCAACCGUGAGCGGGUCCCAUUCAUCCUCACCUAUGACUUUGUGCAUGUGAUCCAGCAGGGGAAGACGAAUAACAGUGAGAAAUUUGAAAGGUUCCGGGGCUACUGUGAACGAGCCUACACCAUCCUGCGGCGCCACGGGCUGCUCUUCCUGCACCUCUUCGCCUUGAUGCGGGCAGCAGGCCUACCUGAGCUCAGCUGCUCCAAAGACAUCCAGUAUCUUAAGGACUCUCUGGCGCUGGGAAAAACAGAGGAGGAGGCUCUAAAGCACUUCCGAGUGAAGUUUAACGAAGCGCUGCGGGAGAGCUGGAAAACCAAAGUGAACUGGCUGGCCCACAACGUGUCCAAAGACAACAGGCAGUAGCAGGUCUUGCCGUCAGCCUUGGGAACCAGGCUCCCUCACUGGCCUUCGAAGCCUAAAAGCCUGACUGCACCCCAUGGGAAAGAACCUACACAAUUGCCUUUUGUUUACACUGGUUAUUUAUUUAUGACUUGAAAUGUUUCAGGAACCAACAGCCAUAAAUGGAAGCGCAUCCUCUGUGCAGGGAUGGGUGCUGUCCUGCGGUCCCGUCAGGGCCCUGGGCUCGGAAGGGGAGGCACUGCUUUGAGUGUCUCACCAAGGAUUGUAAGGCCCCGUCUUCCAGCUGGUGGGUCCGCGCCCAGCAAAGAACAGCCUCCCCACCCGGAAGCCGGUCCUCCUCUCAGGCCCCUGCUGGACUGCACGGGUCUUGGGGCCAGCAGCUCCUGGUGCCCACCAUCCAGACAGGGUGCCCGAGCCCCGGUUCUCCCCUCCGCCCUCGUGCUCCCCGUGACUGAGUCCUGGACAGCUCCCAGGGGACGCCUGGGUAUCUCUACGUUCAGGGAUUCUUGCUUUCCUUUUUUAAAGUGACUCUGGGGUACGGGAAUUCGCUCAUCUCUCUGCUGUAAAGCAAUUUUGUUUGCGGGUAAGAAAAAAACAGCCAAACUACUUAGUGAACCUCUAUGGCUCAGGACAUCAGCCUCAGCCCCAAAGUCUACUAUAUACUGGUCCUCAAAACACAUUAAAAAGAUUUGAGCUUGACUUAGCUCACCCUGGUUAUAAGGCAGAGGCAGGUGAGUGCUCUGUGCAAUCGUCUGUAAUAUGCCUCUUAAGGAAGGAGGUACCCAAUUUCCUCUUCCGAACUCUCCCCCUUGAGAACCUGCUGUAAUGAGGUACCAGAGUGGGACAGGGCUGUGGUGGGACCUUUUCAAGAUAGUAUCUACCUUGAAACCAUUCAGGCUUAGCAUUAGGCAGUUGAGGUGCUCUUGAAAUGCAGGUUCCUGGGCCUCUCCCAGUCUUCUAAAAGCCACUCUGGAGAUGGUACUAGGAAUCAGGGCUUUUGGAAGCCCACAGGUGAUCCCCAUCUAUUAGCAGCUGACUGGGGCCCGUCAGGCUACACUGCUGACCUCAGAGGCCUUGCAGGCCCAGCAGAGCCAGAGUAGCUGCCUCUCAAUAACCCAGGUGCCAUCUUUCUUCUUUGUAGCUAGAAGCAGCUGUGAGGUGCCGUCCAGAAGCAGUCGGUGCCACCAACCACACUCUUGUCCCCAACCAAGUGCUGAAUCCAUUAGCCCCACCUCAGCUGUCUGCAAAUAGGAAAAGCCGAGUGUAUGUCUAUCUGUUAUUUAUUUGCGUGAGUCUGCUUCCUGCGUGGGCAGCGCACUUUGCACAUACACAGCAAUUUCUGGCUUGGGUGCACAGCCUGUGUGCCUGGCAAGAAGAAAUCUUUUCUAUAUUUUUAAAUCAUUUAUUGUUUAUAGGAAAGGCAAGUUCAACAUAAUUGAUGCAGGUUGAAGACCAGCACUCUGUGAACCUUGAAAUGAGAGGUAUAAGCAGAUUAAAAGAAAUAAAAGCCUUCUUAUGUUA